AUGUCCUCCUUCGUCAAGACCUUCCAGCAUACCACGCCAUACGCAGCGAACCCGCUACGAAUUCGUUCCGAUGUUGCGGCCAAAAUGAUGACAUCUCGAAGCGGUAUACGAGCGAGCGGCCAAAGGCGACUGCACGACCUGAGGGCGGAAGCAUCGUCUGGAGGAAUAGAAAAACCAAAACGGGCGUACCUUCGUCGUCGAAAUAGUGGACGAAAUCGAGCACGAACUGACGCGCACGUUGGCGGAAUGCUUCGCAUCGCUCGGGACCCUCGGUCUGGGAUAGCCUCGGAUGGACGAGUUGCGCGAACUGGAUCGCGAACGCGGAUGAAUAAUAACGAGGGGAUCGAGGAAGGCGGUCAGGAAGGGGCGCUCUAUCCUUCGCAGAUGUGGAACUUCCCGCACCCCUCACCUGAGGCGUCGUCAGAGGGAUUCAACUUCGAGAUCUCCGUUACUGAGCCGCGCAACCUGAGCUUCGUCUCGCUCGCGCUGCCGGAGACUCACCCUUUCUGGUCAUCCGUGGAGGAGCCAUUCCCCUCGGCGUUGAGGGAGACGGUUAAACCGCUCUACAAGCCGCUCCAUAUCGCGACCAACCUCGGCGGGCACACGUACGUGCUCUCGAGCGGGCAGCGAUGCAGCUAUCCAGUCAAGCAGAGCGCGGCCAAGUACGGCAAGUUUGCGUACAGCGCCGCGUUCGCGUACAGCGUCCCUGUUGGUGACGGCACGCUUGAGGAACAUGCUGGAGAUAGCGCGUUGCUUCUCUCCGACGACGACGGCGAGACGUGGCGCGCGAGGCGGAAGACGGAGGAGUUCAGGUUUGAGAACGACGGCGGCUGGUUGAGGUCGAUGUGGUAUCCCUGGGCGGACGUGGAGGUCGAGACGUGGCUCGUGCCGCCGACGCCCGCCGCGCCGCUGUGGCACGUGCGUGUACAUCGCGUUCGGGCGGGGCGGAAGAUAUGGACGGCCGAAGGCGCUUGGGCGAUCUAUGGCCAGCGCCCGGACGGACGACACCUCGAUCCCGUGGACAAGUCGGUCGAAGGUGGUUUUGGAUUCUGGCAAGAGGGUCCCGAGGCGCGGGCGCACUCGCGGGCGGGUGCGUCUGCGAUCGUCGAGCUGGGGAACAGAAAGCAGAGGGAAGGAAAAGUCAUCCGGACCGACGCUAACUCGAGCCUGAUGUGGGCGAGAGCUGUCUUACCGACUUUACUGGACACAGUGGAGCCGACCGAGGGCGACGUGUGGUACGUCACGGCGGUGUUUGGGAAGCCGAACAUUGGCAAUGAGAAGGGCGCGAGCAAGGGGUGGAUGACUGAGUGGGAGAAGAGGCCGGAUGUUCCGGAUCCGAUCAGGGUGCUGUUGAGACAUUUCCCGUUCGACGGCGAUGUCUAUAUUGAUGUGAUGACCACGGGAGGUGGAAACUGUCGUCGUCGUGGGAGGGGUGCCGGACAUGAUUACCGGGAAUGGGCGGUCGCAAUACGUGCGCUCAAGGGCAACGAGGAUGAUAAUCACAAGUGGCGUACUAUCUGGCGGACGAAUCUUCUAUACUAA